AUGGCGGCAGUGCCGAGGUGGCUGGCCUUUGAGCACAAGGGCUUCUGCGAGGAGCAUUUUAUGCUGGAGAAGGGGAACUACCCUCCCUGGGAUGCCUGGUCCAACAGCCACCACAGCGACAGCCUCCUGUCCCUCCGGCCUCUGCACAUGGACGGUCCGGAUCACAGGCUCCACCUGUUUGAGAGCCCUGCUUUCAGGGGCCGCAAGAUGGAGAUAGUGGACGACGACGUGCCCAGCCUCUGGGCUCACGGCUUUCAGGAACGGGUGGCCAGCGUCCGGGCCAUCAAUGGGACGUAAGGGCCCCAACCCCCACUCAUGCCCCUGCCCCAUCCGGCCUCCGGUCCAUCACGCCUCUGACUGCAGACAGAGCUCUGUUCACUAUCUCCUAGAUGUUCCCUCAUUCGAGCCACUGCUCCUCCAUCCUUGCUCGGAGCCCGAGAGAGCGCCCUCCUGAGGCCAGUGUCCGCUCGCUUGUGCUCUCGGGCCCCCGAUUCCCAGGAGGCCUUGCCUUGUAGAAAGUCUUAUCUUUUUAAAAAGUCAGGCGAAGUCUGUUUCCCCUGCCUGUCCCCAUCGAAGUCUUCACUCCUUUUCGGAACAUCUCCCAGCCCUUGGACCGAUGCUCAGAUGUUUUUCCCUCUGCACAAGGGGGAAGGGGUGACAUAACGGCUCUCUGGGUGUGGCCUGAGUAAUGCCUGGGGAGCAUGCGCAUCACCUCCCCCCUUCUGGGCUCCAGAGCUGUUAAUGCAAUCUUAGGGUCACCUUCCCUUUGUCGGUGACCACAGCUCCCUGGUGGGCUUGUGAUCUGGGGGACGAGCCUUGAAAAGUGCCACCUCUCCCUGGUAAUAAUUUACCCAACACUGUUCACUGAGCACCUACUGUGUGCUGAGUAUGAGGGCAGUAAGAGUGACAGCUGGUGCGUGGGGGCCGGGGGGGGGCGGCUCAGGAGGGGGUUGAAAAGAAUACAGCGGCC